AUGCUCAUGCCUAAGGGCUAUGAAGGGCUGGCCACACCUCUCAUGGCUGCAGCACUUGGGAGAAAUGGCCCCACACCUCGCCUGGGCAGCACAGUAGAGCUGGCCCUAGUGGUAGGGGCGGAGGCGGGGGCCUGCCCCGCAAAGUCACGUGAGAAAACAAACAAACAGUGGGCCUUGUCCCGGGCGGGAGGGGAGAAGAGGGGGCAACCAGCCCCAGCUCAGGGUGAGAAAGAAUCGGGGACAGGGGUUCGUGGUUACCAGGACGCCGUCGCUCUCCGCUUCCGCCGCCACCAUGAAGCUCCAGCUCUUCCGCUCGCCGCUGGGGCGAGUUUCUUCGAGCGUAAUCUACGCUUAGUGUCUCCACUUCCUUCCUUGUAUGUGCUGUGUUCUACACGGCAGCUUCUACCCACGCGGAAAAUGUCCUUGUUGCAGCCAGUGUCCUUGUCGCCAAACCCACAAGAGGACAGGAGUCAGGUGGGAGUCCUUGUAUCACAGCGAAGCCAAGUGCUGGCGGCGGGACGGAGAAAACUGGAGCAUUUGACAGGACUUGUUAGUCAAUUGAAUGUAGUGGAGGAAGGGCUGGAGAAGGAAGGGAGAGAAAGAGAGACAGAGUGACUCUUCUUCAGUUUCUUACCAGGAUACAAUGCUUUCAGCUCCAGGCCAGCUCAAUGGCCUCAGCACUCUGAAAGGUGUGGUUCCC